AUGUUUAUCACAGAACCAGCAAAUAUCACUGAACAGGCAAAAUCUGUCAGUGUUACAAUGGGGGAUCCUGCUACACUCCAGUGCAGGUUCUCAGGAACCAAGGUGCUCAAAGUGAAAUGGCUGAAGGAUGGAAGAGAGCUGACAUCAGGUCAAAGAUACAAAGUACACAGCACAGAUAAGAGCUCUGUACUAAAUAUUCUCAGUACAGAAAAAAGUGAUAGUGGAGAUUACACAUUUGAAGUUUCCAAUGACGUUGGAAGCAGUACUUGUGAAGCUACAGUUUCUGUUCUAGGUCAGCUAAUUUAUACAUAUUUUAAUCAUUGUUUGAGCUUUUUGUACAGGUAUACCUGUUUUGACAGCAUUCUCAUUACUUUCUUUUUUAUUUAUGCUAGAUCAAAUUAUGAAACCAUCUUUCACAAGGAAACUGAAGGAAACGGAGAGUAUCAAAGGAUCAUUUGCCCACUUGGAGUGUCUUUUGUCUGGUUCUCUGCCCAUAUCUGUACUCUGGUACAAAGAUGAGAAAGAGAUCAAGACUGAUGAUAAGCACAAAUGCACAUUCUUUGAAAACACAGCUUUUCUGGAAAUAAGUCGUCUUGACAGUGCAGACAGUGGUAGCUAUACCUGCAUUGCUACUAAUAAGGCAGGCAAAGACCAGUGUUCUGGGGCCUUACUUGUAAAAGGUUUGGAUAACAAUUUUUUUGUCUUCUAUAUUUCUAUAUCUUUGGCUUCAGAACUUUUUAGACUUUUAACUUGAAACAUGCGUUCCCCCUUUUAUCAACAGAACCACCAUCAGUUCUAGAAAGGCCUGAAUCAAUGGAUGUUUUGCCUGGAUCAAAGGUUCAAUUUAAUGUCCUUUUGUCUGGCACGCCACCCUUGACCAUUAAAUGGUUUAAAGACAAGAAGGAGAUCUUAUCCGGCUCUGAUUGCUCUGUGACUAAAGACAACACCUCUACGUCACUGGAGCUUUUCUUUGCCAAAGCGUUAGACUCUGGAGACUAUAUCUGCGAAAUUAAUAAUGACGUCGGCUCUGAUGCUUGCCAAGCAACGCUCUUUGUCAAAGGUUCUUAUUGUCCGUUAUUCUUUACCUUCUUGACAUUUGUUUUGGAAUUGGACCUCUGCUAUACUUAUUAUGUUUACUUCAUUUUACAGAGCCUCCAAAGUUCACACGAAAACCUGACUGUGUGUCAGUGGUAAAACCUGGGCAAAGUAAAACAUUUGAAUGCCAGGUGACUGGAACUCCAGAGAUUGAUAUUUACUGGUUCAGAGAUGGGAACGAGAUAAGUCCUAGUGACAAAUACAAGAUGUCCUUUGUUAACAACAUAGUAACCCUAGAGAUAUGUGGUGCUGAUACUAAGGACAGUGGAAUAUACUAUUGUGAGGCCCGUAAUGAAGCCGGCAGUGAAAGCUGCAAUAUGGAAUUGAAAGUGAAAGGUUGGUUUAGUUUAAUUGUCUUUUUAGGAAUCAUUUUAUAUUUUCAAACCUUUAUAUGAUUCAGACUUCAUUGAAUUGUCUGUUUUCUCUACCUCAGAGCCACCAUCCUUUGUUAAACAGUUAUCAACUGCUGAUAUUGUGAAGGGCUCAAAUGCGUCUUUCGAGUGUCAAGUCAUUGGCACAGGUCCGUUUGAGGUCAUGUGGCACAAGGAUUUAAAGGAAAUUAAAUCCAGCACAAAGCACAGUUUCUCACAAGUACAGGAAAUUCUGAAUCUUGAAAUACAGAAAUGUGAUGGUGUAGAUGUUGGUGAAUACCAGUGUACUGUCUCAAAUGAGGUUGGAAGUUGUUCUUGUAGAACUACACUUCGUAUAAAAGGUUAGUUACUUAAAACAUGUACUAUUGUGAUAGAUUACAUAACUUCCAUGAUGACAACAUAUUCUUACUUACUGAUCACUGCCAAUAAUUGUCUCUUGGUUUGAUGUUAGAACCACCAUCAUUUGUGAAGAAAAUUGAACAUGUAGCCACUGUUUUGGGCAAAUCGGCUGAAUUUCAGUGUGUUGUCACUGGGUCACCAUCUCUGUCUGUACAAUGGCAAAGAGACGAGAACUGGAUCUUGGAAGAUCCUAAAAUUGAACGGACAUUUGAGAAUAAUGUGGCAACUCUAAGGAUUCCGGUCUGUGAGGCCCGUCACAGCGGGAAAUAUACCUGCCAGGUUGCAAAUGAUGCUGGACAGGACAAGUGUUAUGCAACCCUCAUGGUGCAAGGUUUGUCUUUUCAUUUAGUAUGCUAACUCGAUAUUUUAAAAAAUGUUGGUCAGGUCUAUCUUUGAAAUGUAUGGAUUUUAACAGAAAAUUUAUAUUUCUAUGCAUUUUAGAACCACCUCAGAUUACAGAGAAACCAGAAGUGAUGAAAGUAACUAUUGGGGAUCCAGUCAGUUUAGAGUGCAAAGUGGCAGGCAGUCCUGAGCUCAAACUGAAGUGGACCAAAGAUGGCAAAGAGCUCAAGUCAAGUCCACAGCACAAACUUAGCUUUGAGAACAACCUUAGUAGCCUUAAAAUUCAGACUACACAAAAGGAGGAUGCAGGCAACUAUCAAUUUGAGGUCUCAAACCACAUUGAUACCUGCAGUUGCAAAGUCAAGUUGAUUGUACUAGGUCAGUGCAAAAUCUUGUAUUGUAACAAAUGA